AUGGUUCUCAAUCGUCUGGUGUUUUCUUUGAGCUUGUGGCUCGGCUUCGUUGGCGCCACUCAAGCUACGUUGUCAGAACCAGUUCCACCUAGCAAGGAUCCAUGGUAUACUGCACCGCCUGGAUUUGAGAACACUGAGCCUGGGACAGUUUUGAGGGUACGAUCUGCCCCUGGAAACUUGACCAGCAUCACGCCUAAUAGCUCUGCUUCCUACAACAUCCUCUAUCGCACAACGGACAGUCAUUUCAAGCCUACAUGGGCCGUCACCACUCUCUUGGUCCCUGAGCUGGGUCCAGAUAGUCUUGCGCAGCAAAAGUACCAACAAAGCGCUCUGCUGUCAUUCCACGUUCCCUAUGACUCUGCCGAUGUCGAUGCCAGCCCCAGUUACACCAUGUACAGCGCGAGCAAUGAUUCUUCUGCUUCUUAUAUGGCUGCUCUGAGUUCGGGUCUUUUCGUCUCUGUUCCAGAUUAUGAGGGUCCCUUGGCGUCUUUUACCGCUGGUGUUAUGUCUGGACACGCCAUUUUGGACUCGAUUCGAGCUGUUUUGUCAGUUGGCCUGGGCUUGAACGUCACAAAUUCGCCCCGUGUGGCCCUUUGGGGAUAUUCUGGUGGUGCAUUUGCCACCGAAUGGGCAUCAGAACUUGCAGUACAGUAUGCACCCGAUCUGACAGCAGGUCCCGUUGUUGGCGCUGCUAUGGGAGCCCCGUUGGCCAAUAUUAGUGCCUUCAUACACUCUGUCAAUGGUCAAGCUACGGCCGGUCUGAUACCAAACACCUUGUUGGGUCUUACGAGCCAGUAUCCUGAUGUCCGCAAGUACCUUGUAUCCAAACUCAACGAUGACAGUCAUUACAACAAAACCGGCUUUCUAGCUGCUGAGGGCUUUACCAUUACCGAAUCUGGCGCUGCCUUUGGUAAAAUCGACAUCAACAAAUACUUCCAGAAUGGUACCGACAUUCUCAAAGAGCCAAAGAUCUUGGCUCUUAUCAAUCGGGAAGGCAUCAUGGGAUAUCACGGUGUUCCCCAAUGGCCGCUGUUCAUCUACCAAGCUAUUCCCGACGAGGUCACGCCCAUAUCUGAUACAGAUGCUGUAGUCAAGAGAUAUUGCGGUGUGGGGGCAAACAUUCUCUACGAAAGGAACACUGUCGGCUCGCACUUCGAGGAAGCCAGCGACAGUAACGGGGCGGCUGUUAAGUGGCUUGAAAACGUCUUCUCCAGCCAGCGUGACAACGGCGCACAAGGUUGUGUUAUCAGAGACGUGACGAGAAACAGCUCCUCAAGUGACCUGAAAAGGCGUAAGGAUAUCCAAAAGAAUGUACUUGACCUCUGGUCACCGGCCUGGUAA